AUGGUGGCCAAGAGGCGCAAGAAGAGGACGGUGGCACGGGAGCUCUACAUCCACAUAGUGUCGGCUCGUUACCUGCCAGCAAUGGACCCCAACGGGCUGUGCGACUGCUUCUGCAGGAUCAAGCUGAAUGACGCACUGCUGGGAAAGACGAAGACGAUCUACAGGAACAGGUUCCCUCGAUGGGAUGCCAAGUUCGGUCCUUUCAGGCUCGAAAGCCCAUUCCAGACAAUCGUCGUGGAGCUAGAGGACGAAGACAUCAGCAGGAACGACCUCAUCGGAUAUGCUUCAGUAGAUGUAGCAGACGUGGCUUUAGCUAAGGGCAGGAGGGUAAGGAGGUGGUUUGGCGUGCGAAGGAUUGAAGCAGAGUACAAGCCGUGGGAGAGGAGGGCCAAUUCCGAGGACGAGUGGAUCAGAGAAAACGAUGGCGAGUUCGCAGUGUCGAAGGAGAACAACGUGUCGGAGGUGCUGCUGGAAGUGAGCUACAGGGGCGACUACUACAACGAGAUCCAAGAUCUGCUGAAGCGCUUGUUCGAGGGGGCCCGGCCUCCUCCUCCUUCUGCCGAUGAGAUGUUCCGCAAACUCAUGGAGGAGGCAAAUGCGCAUGAGGACGGGGAGGCGGUGGAGGUGCUAGAAGCGAAAGAUCAGGCCCUGAUCCGGACAAUGAAAAAGGCGCAGCAGGGGACUCUGCGACCUCAGAGUAGCGAAAGGUUGCUUCAUACGCCCUUCUCCGCCCCCGGAGGGUGGUCGAGGCCAGUUGGUACCCUGGACUAUCACGGCGAGAGAACGAGGCCGAGCACAACAGCAGCGGCUCAGACGCUGCUCAACGAGGAGAGGUCGCCUCGUGCUCUUGCUGUGAAGCUUUUCUUGCCGGGAGAUGGCGAGCAGGGCGUGAGGAGAGACGCGUUUGCCCGCAGGUCCGCUCAGAGGGGGAGAAACACAGAGCAGGCAGCGAGAUCUCCGACCUCCGUCUCCUCUCCCCGACGAUACUCUGACAUCCGGGAGGCGUCAGUCAGUCCGUUCUCUCGGGCCCUGCACUCGCCGCUGCAUCAGGCCACGCCGCUGCUACGGAGCCGGGCACUUCAUCCAGUGCAAGACACAAUCAAGCACUGCUACGCUGAGGUUGAGAGUGGGUCUGUGCAGGUGAGAUGGGAGGUGAAGACAUUCGGGGUGGGAGGGGCCAAGAUGAGUGUGAAGAGAAUGGGAUGGAGGAUGGAGGAUGGAGGAUGGAGGAUGGAGGAUGGAAGAGAGAAGGAGGAUGAAGAGAAGGCGCUAGUGGUUCAGGCCCCUGUUCUUGAGCAGAAUCCAAGCAGUUCCUCCUCCUCCUGGUGUUCGAUCGGCGUAAGGGCAAGAGUAAGCGCAUUAGGCCCGGGAGGACUGGAGCAAGAGCAAGAGCAGGGGUCUGGAGAAUGGCUUGUCGAGGGCAGUGGAAGACAUGGAGUGGAGAACGUUGAGUCAUACAUCUCCAUGUUGAUCAGGAUCGCAUCGGUCGAGGCCAACGAGGGGAAGGUACCUCAGUGCAAGAAGAGUGUCUUUCGUGCUGUAGAGACUUGCGAGCGAUUGGUCGGAGCUCAGAGUCAGUUCAUGCUCAACACCUUGUGGAGGUGCGUGCAGCUGCUGAUGAAGAUCGAGCUAUUGGACGAUGCAGAGGAAUACUUGAUGCGAAUGCUCGAGAUCCUACAGGAAAAGAAGAGGAGCCAGGAGCUCGCCGAAAACCUUCACCUCCCUUCUCCACUCCGACGGACCGGGCAGCCAGCGCAGCAAGAUUCCAACGAGGAGCAGAUCUCCGUGGUCACCAGGCAGCUGAACGACCUCAAUCGCUUGAAGAAGAAGAGCAGCAAGAAACCAGAGCCGGUGAAAGCAAGCUCAGCAAAGUCGAGCUCGAAGCAAGAUGCAAGGCUCAAGGCAACGCCCUGUCCUUGA